AUGUCUUCCAACGCUCACCUCCAGAAUGUCGGACCGCGGUCCGCUGGUUGUCAGUCCAAACUCCGAUCGAUUCACAGUACUCAAAACGCUUCUUCGCUGCCACCUCUCCCUUUCAUGGGCCAAAAAUUCCUCUGUGAUUGUAAAAGGUACUGCAAUGGUGGUCGGCAAGUUUCAAGAAGCACGUACUACCACCACAAACCAUAUCGGCAUCAGCUCGCAGUCAUCCCCUUGGUGCCCGAAGAUAGCGACAAGCGGCGCCGUAUCGAGGACAACGCGAGCGGAUUGUUGUCGCUACCUACGGAGCUUCUCCGAGAAAUAUUUGCUGAGUAUGCAAACGAAUCAACUUCACUUUGGAGCCACAAAUUCUGUCGGAGAUCACUUUAUUAUCCACGUCUUUCGUCUCAAGUCGAGAGUCUGGUUAAAACGGAACCAAAGCCAACGUCUGCUUCUAAGUAUGCAACCAAGCUCCGAAUAGGUCACCUAUGUCCCUCUCCAGACGAAAAAGGUGUUAUAUCUUUUGAAGAAGCCAAGAUUAGGUCGUUCCUCCUGUCCGCUAUCAGUUCCCUUGUUGGGGUUCGUCAAAUAAUAUGGGAUCUGGGUGAAUACGACCCAGAGUGGGCAACUCUUCUAGUCACAGAUGCCCUUGCAUCACUCCCGGCUCUGGAGGAUCUUCAUUUGAGUGUUUGGUUGGCUCCAGAUUCUCCCUGUGUGCAAUUCCAGCGGCUGUCCAACCUCAAAAAAUUCACCUUUAUCUCUGACUUCAGUAAUCGCACCGCAGUUAUCCGCACCGUCGCAGGACUGAUUGGAUGGAACCAGCCGGAGUUGACGAGUAUCACAAUUGUUAAUGAUGGCUACUACUCCGGUGGAUACGCGCCAACCCUCCAAGACUUUCUCGCGGAGACAUCUAGUUCAGUUUGCUUGAAAAUUACACAUCUCAAUUUGAGCGGCCUAUUUGUGAAAUUCGACGCUGGCGCACUUCGCCAUUUGAGAUCGUUGAUCUCGCUCACCAUAAUGAACAUCUCCUCGCCCUAUGAUGAAACUACAGAAUAUCAGGGUCCUGAAUUCUCGGCACAAAAAAUUUGGUCAACUUUGCGAUCAGAGAAAAUUCACCUACAAGAACUUGUCACGGACAACGCCCAGCCUGCCUUGGUCGAAUACUUAACAUCAUUUUCUGGUCUGAAGGAAUGUGGUGUUUUGGAAAACAUUGUUCCAACAUAAUCAAAAAAGCCACACGCCUUUCCCUUCUUGAAUUAUCUAUAAACUCUGAGGACAUUCCGAGGGGAGAAGAAAAGGUCCACGCUUAUGCGAAGAGUCAAUCCCCUACCAAAGAAAAUGCAAUCUGGUCGCUUUUGGACAUACUUAUGCGCAACUCUACCCAUUUUGAAAAGUCUAAGGAUACGAGGCACCUCUCCUCAACACAGUCGAGGAUCCAAGUGUGGGAGCGGGGCUAGUAUGCAUCGUGCGAGGAUGAGGGGAUGGAUCAAGCAGAAUGUGGAAAGUUAUGGGCCCACCUGCAAUCACGCGAUCCAUGUUUGCGCGCCUUGGACAGAAUAAUAAUAUGCGGUACUGCGUGACGAUUUGGGUGCAGACCUAGGGUACCGACCCAUCGCACAAAUUGAAGAGGAAGACUGAUCCAUGAUGCUGUUGUCGUGAAGGGAGAACUUGGUAAAGAAGCUUUGUAAGUUUGCGAUAGUGAUGUCGUGAUUCGACCAAGAGUUGAGGCAGGUGCAUCUAUGGUCUGUAACCACGAUCUGUAAGUUAUGAUGAAUUGUAGAGUAGAGUGCAACAGGAGACCUUCACCUA